CACAGUACUUGAACAAGUCCACUCACAUGGAGAAUCUACCAAUUUCUUAGCUUUGCUUUCUCAUUGGACUAAUCAUUUCAUCAUUUCUUCUCUUCCUAAUCCAAACUACAAAAAUCAAUGGCGGACUCUUUUCUCCUCAGCAUUGCAGAAAGUGUUCUUGGGAAGUUGGGCUCUCUUACUCUGGAAGAAUUCUUCUUGGCAUGGGGACUUGAAAGCGAUCUUGAGAAGAUUAAGGAGAACUUGAAGGUCAUCAAAGCCGUGCUUUCGGAUGCAGAGCAGCAGUUGUCGCAGAAUCCACGGAUAGAGAUUUGGCUGGAGAAUCUCAAACAAGUCCUAUAUGAUGCAGAAGAUGUGGUGGAUGAGUUUAAAUGUGAAGCUUUGCGAAGGAAAGUGGUCAAGUCUGGGAACACCACUCGAAAGGUACGCCGAUUCCUUUCUAGCUCUAAUCCACUUGCGUUCCGAUUUAGAAUGGGACAUAAACUCAAGCAGAUUAGAGAGAGGGUAGAUGAAAUCGCAGCUCUUAAGUCCAAAUUUAGUCUUACUGAGCGAAUUUUUGAUAGGCCUGUCAUUCAUAGGGAGAGGGAGAUGACCCACUCCUUUGUAUAUGCUUCUGAUGUCAUUGGGAGGGAUCAAGCUAGAGAUACAAUCAUGGAGACGUUGGUGCAAUCUUCUGACGGUGAAAAUGUCUCCAUUAUUCCAAUUGUUGGAAUUGGAGGUCUUGGGAAGACCACACUUGCUAAGUUGGUGUAUAAUGAUCCAAGGGUAGCUAAUCAUUUUGAGUUGACAUUAUGGGUUUGUGUUUCAGAUGUCUUUGAAUUAGACAAGGUGAUUAUUAAAAUUCUUACUUGUGCAGAUCCCGGGAAAAAAUUUAUGGAUAUGGGUAUAGAGCAGCUGCAAAGAUCCUUGCGAGAGGCUUUGAAUGGAAGGAAAUAUUUAUUCAUCCUAGAUGAUGUGUGGAGUGAGGACCCUAGAAAAUGGCUUGAACUCAAAACUUUGUUAAUGGGAGGUGCUAAUGGAAGUAAAAUUGUAGUCACCACUCGUAGCAGUCGUGUUGCUGAAAUCAUGGGCACAGUCUCUCCCCAAAAUUUGAGUCUUCUUCCACAUCGAGAUUGUUUGUCAUUGUUCUUCAAAUGUGCAUUUAAAGAAUAUGAAGUACAACAAAAUCCAAAUUUGACAACAAUUGGGGAAGAAAUAGUGAGAAAAUGCAAAGGAGUUCCGCUAGCAGUCAUAACUUUAGGGUCGUUGCUUUACUCUGUAACUGAUGAACGUGAGUGGGAAUUUAUAAGAGAUAGUAAGAUAUGGGAAUUAAAGCAGAAGGAAAAUGAUAUUUUGCCUGCUUUAAGAUUGAGCUAUGAACACUUGCCAUCUUACUUAAAAAGAUGCUUUGCAUAUUGUUCAAUUUUUCCCAAGGAUUAUCAAUUGGAUGAUAUUGAAUUGGUUUAUUUGUGGAUGGCAAAUGGACUUGUUCAAUCUUCCAAUGAGAAUCAAGAGUUAGAAGAUGUUGGCUUUCGCUACUUUAAAGAGUUGUGUUCUAGGUGUUUCUUCCAAGAUUUUUCUGAAGAGUUUGGUAAUGUUAAGUGUAAAAUGCAUGAUCUAAUACAUGAUCUAGCAUUAUCCAUUACACAAAAUGAAUGCUCAAUGUUUCUUGACAGCACUCAACAGAUUGCCAAGAGUGUACGACAUGUAUCUUUUCCCCAUCCUGAAUCACUUCCGAAAGAUGUUCCUAAAUCCUUACAAAACUUGGAAUGCAUGCGGACCAUUUGCUUUAUAAAUGAAAGAAGAGAGAGAAUAAGCAGUGAAAUGUUCAUUAAGACAUGUUGCUCAAGAUUUCAGUACUUGAGAGUCUUGGAUUUGAGUUAUUCAAGCUUUGAGGAGCUGCCAGCAAGUAUAGGCAAUUUGAAGCAUUUGAAAUAUCUUAGUUUAUGGAGGCACUUUAACAUCAAAAGACUUCCUAAUUCAAUAUGUAAGUUACAAAGCUUGCAGACUCUACUUCUCUGUCGAUGUUGGAAUCUUCAAGAGUUGCCCAAAGAUAUAAGGAGCAUGAUUAACCUCAGAUUUCUUUGGAUUACUACAGAGCAAAAGUAUUUUCCAACGGGUGGAAUAGGUUGUUUGAAGUCUCUUCGAUUUCUUUUUAUUACUGAAUGUGGAAAUCUGGAAUAUUUGUUUGAAGACAUGCAAGGUCUGAAAAAGCUUCGAAGAUUGGUCAUCUUUGGUUGUGAAAGUUUGAUCUCUUUGCCACAAAGUAUAAAAUGCCUAGCAACAUUAGAUACUAUUUGUAUUGAUGAUUGUGAAAACCUGGAUUUGAGAAUGAAGGAAGGAGAAGAAACGCAAUUCAGCCUCCAAAGAUUAGAGUUAAGACGGUUGCCAAAAAUUGUGGACUUUCCAGAGUGGCUUAUUCGAAGAUCUACCAAUAGUUUAAAAGUGUUGAAAGUUCAAGAAUGCAACAACCUCAAAGAAUUGCCAAAUUGCCUACAGAACAUGGCGUCACAUCCAGAGAAGAGGCUGGUCGAAGCACAUCCCUGAGUUGAGCAUUUCAGCUUGCAUUUGGACAUUUAUGAAAUUAGAACAUUUACUGGUGAGGUUUUCUCCUAAAAUAUUUAAAAAUUCAAUCAGCAUAAAUAUUUACACUUGUAUAUAUGCAUUGAUAUACUGCAACUUCUUCUUCUUUUUUUUUUUUUUCAUUCACUGAAAAUAUUACAAUUCUUUGAUCAAGAUUUUUUCCAAUAAAUAAUGCAAAAAAAUGGAGACUCAGGAGCAAAAUCAACACUAAGCCAACUUAGAAAUAUUUUCAUUUCUUGUAUGGAAGGAAAACUAUAUAUAACAAAUCUUUUGAAGGGAAAUAGUACAAAGCUUUGCAUUGCUAUCCCUUUUCUUUAAGUUUUUUUUUUUUCGCAGGUGAUAGAAAAAGACGAUUCAGUGUGUAUGGCUUCUACUUAUAUUUCUUGAAUGAUUUGUUAUCUUAAUCUCUGUUUUUUUAAUUAAUAUAUUAUCAUCUCCUAGAAUUCUGUAUUUUCUUUUAAUUGUAAAAUAUUGUUGGGAUGACAGUUUAAGAAUUGAUUUAAGAUUCUCAAAUAUUAUAAAAUUAUUAUUGUAUUUA